GAUCAUAGUUGCAUGACACAGCAGCUUUACACACUGUAGGAUUGCCUUAUAGACUGGAAUUAUUCAUCCCACCUCCCUUUCUGACUAUAGAGAAGACGCCUCCUCAUUUCCGGAGAGGCCACAGCAAGUCACACAAUCCUAUAAUGCCAGUGGAAAAGAUUAAAGUUGCAGUAAUCGGAGGGGGUCUGGUUGGUCUCUCAACCGCACUUUGUAUUACUGAAAGUCUCCCACAGUGCACAAUCACUGUUAUCUCUGAGGAGUUCUCCCCAAACACCACAAGUGAUGUUGCAGCAGGAUGCCUUAUCCCGCACUCCUAUCCUGACACAUCACUUGAUCAACAGAAAUCCUGGUUCAAGGAAACAUUUGACUACCUGUUUAAAAUUGCAAAUUCCUCAGAGGCAGGUGAAGCUGGCAUACACUUAAUUUCAGGAUGGCAGAUUUUCAAGUCAGCACCUAAAGAAACCUAUCCAUUUUGGUGGCAAACAGUGCUUGGCUUCCGCAUGAUGAAUAAAGCAGAGCUGGCAAAAUUCCCAUCUUACACAUUUGGUCAAGCUUUUACGACAUUAAAAUGCCAAGCUUCACAAUAUUUGCCAUGGAUGGAGAAGAAAAUUAAAAGCAAUGGAGGAUACUUGGAAAGAAGAAAAAUUAACAAUGUCUGGGAUCUACAUGGUAUCUAUGAUGUGGUUGUGAACUGUUCAGGACUAGGCUCAAGGCAUCUGUUUGGCGACCAUUCAAUAUAUCCUGUCAAAGGACAAGUACUGGAAGUAAAUGCUCCCUGGAUAAAACAUUUUAUUAGAGAUGGUGAUGGAAACACUUACAUUUACCCAGGAAUAUCAUGUGUUACUCUUGGAGGAACAAGGCAGAAUGGUGUCUGGAGUAACUUACCAAAUGAACAAGCCAGUAAAGGUAUUUUGGACAGAUGUUGCCACCUAGAACCUUCCCUGUGUGAGGUCUCAGUAAUUCAAGAGAAGGUAGGCCUGAGGCCAACUCGCUCUGCCUUAAGGAUAGAAAAAGACAUUCUUAUCAAAAAUGGAAAACAGCUUACUGUUGUUCAUAACUAUGGUCAUGGUGGGGGUGGGUAUUCUAUUCACUGGGGAACUGCCAGAAAAGUUUCUAAACUACUUCAAGAGGUAAUUCCUUUACCACACAAUGUUUAUACAAAAUCAAAAUUAUAAUUUUAAGCAUUAUAACUUGCAAAUGUUCUCAUAAUUUUUUCAAAUAAAAUAAUUAUUUCAAAAUACUGAUUUAGAAAAAAAUGGGAUUAUGAAUGCUAGCAAAGCUCUUAUCACGUGUUGAUGCACUGUGCCCUCAAGCUUGACAAUUUGCAUAUAUUUGUAGAAAGAUGGUUAUAGUUGUGUCUACAUGCAUAAUUGAAAAUAAAACAGUGAAAAGUACAAUAAAAAUAUAACA